ACUAAGCAUCUCCUCAGCCUUGGCAUCUGACAAUCACACAACAUUCCGAGCAAGCUGCUUUCUGCAUACAGGAAAACCAAGGAAUUGAAAACAGAAUCACAUUGGAGCAAUAGCAAUUCAUCAAAUAUGAAGACACGGCAGCUGGCACAUGUUUUUGGAACUCUGGUCAGCUCACCUCUGGCAUAUCUGGAUGAGAGGACAUCAAAAAGAAUCUUACAGGACCCUAAUAGUGCUAGUGCUAGCCAAUACCAAAUAUCCUCCUCUUCGAUUGGAUCUCUGAAAUUAAAACAGAAUGAAGUAAAUUGGAUGAACAAACUUGGAGGAAAGGCAGAUAACCUUGCAAAUGUCAUCCGAGAGCACGUGAGAUUAGGGCCCAAGAUCACUGAAACUGUGAAGAGGAAACUGAGUUUGGGGGCUAAAAUUAUUAGAGCAGGCGGUGUGGAGAAGAUUUUCAAGCACCACUUUAGCAUUAAAGAAGGAGAGAAGCUGCUAAAGGUUUCCCAAUGCUAUUUAUCAACAACAGCUGGUCCAAUAGGAGGCCUCCUCUUCAUCUCCACCAACAAGGUUGCCUUCUGCAGCGACAGAUCCAUCAAAUUGUCUUCUCCAACCGGCGAGUUUGCUAGAAUUCGUUACAAGGUGUUGAUCCCGGUAGAAAAGAUAUUGAGAGCCAAUGAAAGCCAAAACGUGAAGAGACCAUCAAAGAAGUACAUUGAAAUAGUUACUAUGGACAACUUUGAUUUCUGGUUCAUGGGAUUCUUGAAUUAUCACAAAACUUUGAAAUGUCUUCAGCAAGCACUUUCUCAGGCUCAAUACUUACAACUUGAUCAGAAAUGAUUAAACAGAUGUGUUCCACCCCAUGGCCCCCCUACUUCACUAGAUGUGUAUGAAUUAGGAGAACAAACUUGUAUAAAUAUUGUAACAACUUUGUUACUUAGGCUUUUCUUCAAUGGAACAAAAAAACAUAAUUCUUAUCAGUAAAUGGGUCAUUGAUGUUGUUUGCUA